AUGCAAGACGUCCACCCCCCUUCAUCCACAAACAUCACAUAUGGCAACAGUUUUCUUGCUAAAUCUUUCUUCACAAUGUGGUUGGUUUUUUUGUUUUUGUUCAUUCCCAGGCAUUUAGUGGUUGCCAUGUGUGAAAAAAUUCCAAAGUGUGACGAAAUUCUGCAAAGUGAAGAAACUCCGUCUGAACAAAUUCUGAAGUCUGAAGAAAAUCCGGAGCGUGAAAAAAUUCUCACCAAAGACUUGAACGAAUAUGCACAAAAAGCGAGUGACAAGAUAAGAUUUGGCAGUGGAUACUUUUGUCAGCUAAGUACACAUUUUUUCAAACUCAAUCCAGAACGUAAGGCACCGAGGGACAUGACAGGCUAUAAAUAUGAAUCGAUAUCUAGGUUUGAGCCUCAGUUAAAAGUUUUUUGGGUGAAUCUCAAGGAUGUUGCUUCUUUAGCGGCACUUGAAGAUUUCGUGAUGGAUGAAUUCGAAAAACAUGGAAAGUUAUUGACCUUGGAUAUUGAGGAAUACUUUGCGUUAGUUUUGACCAUCACAUUGGCUCUGCCAAAAUCUCUGCUGUUGCCAAUUAAUGUGCGACUAACGCCUGAGUUUGUUGCUAAUACAACCUCUCUAUCAAUGGAGCUAGUCGUAGUUCCAGGAAUCUUAGUGGGUCAUGCUGUAAUUGUGCAAGUAUCCACUGUCAAAGUCAAUAGCCUCUUUUUAUUCUUCGAGGCAAACAUUCAUUACCACCCCCGGCUACUCUCUCUUAUGAAUUGUGAUAGGUAUUAUUAUGCGGAUGACCCCUCCACUGGGGAUUCUAUUAUUUUACCAGGUCCAUCAUUCUCAUCGGGCCAUGUUGUCAGGUAUUGUUAA